AUGACCCAAUCCAAUCCAAUCCAAUCCGACACACUACAUCACGAAAAUAAUUUUUAUAUAGCUAGGGACCUACAAUCCUUAAAAAAUUUCCGCACCCCUAGAAAAGAAUUUCUGGGUCCGCCACUGCUCUCCAAACGCGACGGCGUCGACAAACUCUUAAAAAUCACCCGUUACACUACCAAAAUCAUCCUCUCCAACCGCCUCAAAACCUUCGAAUCCAACAUCGGCCUCAGCCGCAAAGCCUUCCGCAUCGGCAAAUUCAUCCAAGACAUCAACUCAUUCCGCUCCGCAAACCUCAACUCCGUACACAGCAUCAUUCUCGCCAUCCUUGCAUACGGCGGUGAGGGUCUGUACUAUUUCGUCGAACAGUUGGUGUGGGUAAUAAAAUCAGGGCUGGUUGAUGGUAAACAGUUGGGUAAAUUGCAGAAGGUUGGUGCGUGGGCUGAGUUGAUUGGGUAUGUAGGGAGUAUUGGAUUGAAGGUUAGGGAUUUGAAGGGGAUUUUGGAGGAUGAAAUGUGUUUGGUGAAGAGGGUUGAGAAUGGAGAUGAGGAGUUGGAGAAGUUGAUGGAGAAGAAGUUGUUGAAGAAGUUGGGGUUGGUGCAAGAUGUGGCGGAUGGGUUGAUGGCGGUGGCGGAUGUUCGUGGCGGAAAAGGGCGGCUUUCGGGGCCGGUGUUGUUGGCUUCGGCUGGGUUGUUGUCGGCGGAAAGUGCUCGUAAGAAUUGGUUGUCUUGCUAACUAUUGACACUAAUACACGGGUUGAAUGAAUGAAACGAGUUGAUGUUUGAGUACAUUAUGCAAAAGUUUUCUUUUUUGGUACUUGACUAGUAGAUGAAUAUGGUUGUAGUCAUGGGCGCAGCUUAACUAGGGCGGGAGGGGGCAGCCGACCCCCGAACUUUUCGUUGAGUAGUGGAGGGUAUGUAGUUUUCGUAUAGAAAUUUUUUGGUAUGUGCGUUUUCGCCCC